AUGUCUACUUUCUACAUCGAGAACAAGAACGUCGGCAACAAGGCCGAGAGUGAAGACUGGAGGAUUCGUGGUUACAACCCCCUUACACCACCCAACCUUCUCCAGCACGAGAUUCCUCAGACCGUCGAGUCCAAACGAACCGUGCUUCAGGGCCGUGAGGAGGCCGUCUCCAUCAUCCAUGGCACCGAUGAGAAGCAAAGGUUGCUAGUCGUCGUCGGCCCUUGCUCGAUCCACGACCCUAAGGCCGCCCUUGAAUACUGUGACCUGUUGCUGAAGGAGAAGGAGAAGCACAAGGACGAGCUGCUAAUCGUGAUGCGCUCCUACCUUGAGAAGCCGCGCACCACGAUCGGCUGGAAGGGUCUGAUCAACGACCCAGAUAUCGACAACAGCUUCAAUAUCAAUAAGGGUCUGCGCAUUAGCCGGCAGCUGUUCGUCGACCUUACCUCCAAGGGCAUGCCCAUUGCCAGCGAGAUGCUGGACACCAUCAGCCCCCAGUUCCUGGCCGACCUGCUCAGCGUUGGCGCUGUCGGCGCCAGGACAACGGAGAGUCAGCUGCACCGCGAGCUGGCUAGCGGUCUCAGUUUUCCAGUUGGCUUCAAGAACGGCACCGACGGCACUCUCACUGUGGCCGUUGAUGCUAUUGGAGCCGUUAAACAUCCCCAUCACUUCCUGUCCGUGACCAAGCCCGGUGUAGUGGCCAUCCUGGGCACCAUUGGCAACGAGGACUGCUUCGUCAUCCUGCGUGGUGGCUCGCGUGGCACGAACUACGAUGCUCAGAGCAUCGCCGAGGCCAAGGCCGCUCUGGCUAAGGCUGGGCUUAAGCAACGCCUGAUGGUUGACUGCAGUCACGGUAAUUCACUCAAGAACCACAAGAACCAACCCAAGGUUGCCGCCUGUUUGGCUGAACAGAUCGCCAACGGCGAAGAGGGCAUCAUGGGUGUCAUGAUCGAGAGCAAUAUCAACGAGGGCAACCAGAAGGUUCCUCCAGAGGGCCCUUGCGCGCUCAAGUACGGCGUGAGCAUCACAGAUGCCUGCAUUGGGUGGGACGAUACCGUCAAAGUACUGGAUAUGCUUGCGGAUGCCGUCAAGAAACGGAGAGAGGUCCUGGCUCAGAAGGCGGCCAGUGCUUGA